CCUGAAGUUCAGUCAGUGAGAGCUGCAAGGGAAGCCGAGAAGACGCCGCACCGCUACCCAGACAAGCGCGCUUUGGCCGUUGGCAUCGCAACUUCAGGUAGGAUGGCAUCUGGCCGUAUUCGUUCAACUCGUAAGCUCAAGCAAUGGAUGGUGGAACAAGUGAGCAGUAAUCAGUACCCUGGUCUUGUAUGGGAUGACCAAAAUAAGACCAUGUUCAGGAUCCCAUGGAAACACGCAGGCAAACAGGACUUUCGCUCGGAGGAGGAUGCGGCCAUAUUUAAGGCCUGGGCAAAGUUUAAAGGAAAGCUGAAAGAUGGCGAGAAGGCGGACCCUGCCACCUGGAAGACUCGUCUCCGCUGUGCUCUCAACAAGAGCCCAGAAUUCGAAGAGGUCCCUGACCGCUCACAGCUGGACAUCUCUGAGCCCUAUAAAGUGUACCGAAUUGUACCCUUGUCUGAGCAAGGCCGGCUAGUUGGCUCGGAUAGAAACAGGGAGUCAUCAAACAAAAGGAAGAGGAAGCAGAGCGAUUCUGAAUCUGAGACAGACGAGGAGUCGCCAGUGAAGAAGCUGAAGGAAGAAUCCCUUGUGGUGGUGGAGCCCAUUGGUCAAGUCAGUAGCAGUGACAGCCAAGGAACAGAAGCAGCAGUGAUCAGCAAAGAGCAGUACCAGACAUCACUCAAUGAAAUCCACCUUAACUUGAAGAUAGAAACAAUGCCUGCAGUCUCUCUGCAACCUACAGUGCUGCCUUCGAUGAUUAUUACCAUCUUUUAUGCGGGUAAGCAGGUGGACCAGCAGAAGGUUGACGGUCCUGAUGUGAAGAUUGCAGCCAGAGAUAACAAUGUAGGCUCCAGCAGUAUUAAUUGUGGUAUGCAGCGCAUUUGGCUGCCAUCGGAAGAUUGUGUGACUGACUCAACUAAGAAAGCAGCGUUGUCAAGGCUGAUGACAUUUUUGGAUCGUGGAAUCAUGCUGGCAUCUAAUUCCAAUGGGCUGUAUGCACAGAGAUCAUGCCAGGGAAGGGUCUUCUGGAGUGGACCUUGUGCACCCUAUUCUGACCAGCCCAAUAAACUGGAGCGCCUCAAUUCACCAGUGCAGUUAUUUGACAGGAAGAAGUUUGUGCAAGAUUUAAUGCUGUACCGUACCUCAGGGGGUGAGCUACCUCAGCACAAGAUUACACUGUGUUUAGGAGAGGAAUUUCCAGAAAGUGACCCUAAUGCUGACAAACUUGUAAAAAUAGAGGUGGAGCAGCCAUGGGCCAGACAACAACUUGAGGAAGCCACUGGAUUUCGUGAAUCCCUGUGCUUGCUGCAGGAGCUAGCCUCACAGUCUCCACUGGGGGAAGUGACCCUAAACCUGUAUGGAUUUAACCCAACACUUGAGCUGUAGAGCUCCAAAAGAGAGUUCAGGAAAGAAAGAUCUGGCUAGGCUUAGUCUUAGUUAAGGUUUCCUGUCUUGUGUUUACAUAGUCUAGUCUAUAUUAAGGAAUGCCUUAUUCCAGUGACCACUUGUCCAGACUUUACCCAGAAGGCAUUGUAAUGUGAUGUGUAAGCACUUUUGAUAGGCACUCAAUUGCCCAUGUUUUAAAACAAGAGGCUGCUGCUGGCUGAAAGAUGCCAAGCUGAUAUGCACCACUACCAGCCCUUCUACUGGUUAGAGGAGAGACGGGCUGCUCACCAUCUCAGUCCUGCUCUUUGGGAGCGAGUGAGCAGUGGCAAUAUAGCUGCUGGACUUCAGGGGCAUUUAAAAUAUUUUUGUGCACUACACUGCUGGUGCCAACUCACUGCUUUAUGAAUCCAGUAAUGCUGCCCUGCUGGACUACGCAGCGGGCUGAAUUUGUUUAACAGUUUGGUUGGGAACAGAAGUUACUGUUAAUGUGGUCCAAAUGAGUUCUCCCUUUACUGUGAGUGCAAUCUCUCUUCUGAACUGGAAACAGUGUUGUUUAUCUGAGAAAGAAAAUGAUAGACAUUUAAAAAAAGGACCUGAUUAUCAAAUAGUAAAAAGAAAAAUACCAAAUCAUGUAAUUUGGAAAUGAAAAGAAGAAAGAUUUAAACUGUCUGAUGUACAAAGUAAAACAUCAUCAUAUAUUGUAUGUCUCCUAUUUUUUCAUAGUUCUUGUAACUGAUUCAUCCGUAGCCAUUUGUAAUAUCAUGUUUUAUCUUCCAAAAUAUUCAAAAGUAUAAAUAAUAAGACUGGAACAUAAAUAAUCAUGGUUGAAAAACUGAACUGAACUUGUCAAAUAAAUACAUUUAGCUAUAAAUAAAAUGCAAUAUAAAUGCUGUACCUUAAUUUUAAGGUUUAGAAAGUGUACCAUUUCAUAUGCAAAGCUUAAAAAGGACAGAGCUCUCCAUGUCGUACCUGCACCAGACCCACAAGGUAAACUUCACGAUGACCUGUGGCAGAGCUCGUCGCCUGCUUUAGAUGGCGAUUUUAGAAGAAGAUCAUUUUACAUAUGCUAAUUGUUUCUUUACAUUGUACUGUUUCCUUAUAUAGUAUUUUACCUGUCAAUAAUAAAUGUUACAUACGUUGCCUUUGUUUUCUGUA